AUGGUGUCGACAAGGGCAGCAGUCGAUCAUAAUUCAGUAGCAGCGGAGAUGCAACGAGAGAUGAACCGCCAGUUGGAAGAGUUAAGGCGCAAGAACGAGGAAGAAUUGAACGCCCUGAGAGAGGAGAACCAACGGAUGCGAGCGCAAAUUGAGCAGAAUCCCCCCCACAGGGAGGAAUCCCAUAGCAAUGAAGAGGGAGGGGAUGGUACCGGACGAGACGAGUCCAGAGCACAAACCACCACCAACCAAACAGAAGCAAGGCCCAGAGCAGCCAGACGCCACCCCUUUGUGGACGGGAUCAUGGAAGCAGAACUUCCCGCGCGAUGGAAGGGGUUAACUAUAAGUCAGUACGAUGGCACUACUGAUCUAGAGGAGCACGUGGACGUCUUCACCACCCAGGCAGGGUUGUAUACCUCGGACGACGCAAUCCUCUAUCGUGUUUUCCCAACAUCCCUAAAAGGGCCUGCACUCAAUUGGUUCACACGGUUGCCACCCAACUCUAUCGACUGUUUCGAUACGUUGGCCACCCGUUUCGGCAUACAGUUUGCCACUAGUAAGCCACACCACCUUACUUCUCUGGCACUGGUAAAUAUACGACAGGAAAAAGGAGAGUCUCUGCGGGAGUUUAUGGACCGAUUCGGAAAGAUAUCCUUGAAUAUCUCUAAUUUGAAUCCUGAGGUCGCCAUGCACCACCUUAUCACAGCACUAAAGCAUGGCCCUUUUGUUGACAGUCUAUGCAAGAAGCCCGUAAACAAUCUAGACGAACUUCGGACCAGGGCCACUAAAUUCAUGCAGAUGGAGGAAUUGAAAGAAUUUCACAAUACAACUCGAUCGGACGCACAGGAGAAAAGGCACCAUGAUAGGGAGCGAGCGUUAGCACCUCGAUCCGGCCACAGGUUCAAAGACUCUAGGCAGCCGAAAUACAACAGGUACACACCACUCGUGUCCAACAGGGCAAGAAUUCUGGAAGAAGCACUGAACACCGAUCUAAUAACAGCCCCUCGAAGGGCCCCGACUCCCCCGAACGCCGAGACCACCAAGCAUUGUCGGUAUCACCGAAAUUAUGGGCACACAACAGAGGAAUGCUUUACCUUGAAAGACAAAAUCGAGGAACUGAUAGGCAGGGCACCUAAGAAGAUUUGUAAAACGGGAAGGCGGGGGAUUCUCCUCAAGGGGAGAACGAGAAAAACGCUACGAGGAGCGACCACGAAGGACGUCAGAGUACCGAGAUAG